AUGGAAGGUGGUGAACUACGAGUGGUGAGUGGACGCAUUGGAAGCUCAAGCAUAUGGAGAAGUGGUGCAGCUGAUGUGUUUUCCGGAUCUUCGCGAAGGGAGGACGACGAACAAGAGCUUCAAUGGGCUGCUAUUGAGAAGCUGCCAACCUAUCUACGCAUGACUAGAGGCGUACUCGCGGAAUCGCAAGGUCAACAACCUAUAGAGAUUGAUGUCAACAAACUUGGUCCGUUACAGAGGAAGAAUUUAGUUGAGAGACUAGUUAAGAUUGCUGAGGAUGAUAAUGAGAGGUUCUUGUUGAAGCUAAGAGAGCGUAUUGAUCGGGUUGGACUUGAAUUUCCGACGAUUGAAGUCCGUUUUGAGCACUUGAAUGUUGAAGCGGAAGCUCAUGUGGGAAGCAGGGCUUCGCCGACAAUCAUCAACUUCUCCAUUAAUUUGUUUGAGGGCUUCAUUAAUUUUCUUCACCUUAUCCCCAGUCGAAAGAAGCCGUUGACUGUCCUUCAUGAUGUUAGUGGAAUCAUCAAGCCGAAAAGAAUGACACUGCUCUUAGGUCCUCCAAGUUCCGGUAAGACUACAUUAUUGUUGGCACUGGCCGGAAGACUCGGUAAAGAUCUAAAAUUUUCGGGUAGAGUUGCAUAUAAUGAUCAUGGGAUGGAAGAAUUUGUACCGCAGCGAACAUCAGCUUAUAUAAGUCAAACUGAUUUGCACAUAGGAGAAAUGACAGUCAGAGAAACAUUGGCCUUUUCAGCUAGGUGUCAAGGGAGAGGAACUCGUUACGAUAUGCUUGCAGAAUUAUCAAGAAGAGAAAAGGCUGAAAACAUUAAGCCAGAUCCUGAUCUUGAUAUUUAUAUGAAGGCUGAAGCACUAGAAGGCCAAGAAACCAACAUAGUUACAGAUUAUAUAAUUAAGAUUUUGGGUCUAGAUGUUUGUGCUGAUACCAUGGUAGGGGAUGGAAUGAUUCGAGGUAUUUCUGGCGGACAAAAAAAACGAGUCACGACUGGUGAGAUGCUAGUUGGCCCAGCAAGAGCGCUUUUCAUGGAUGAAAUAUCAACUGGCUUGGACAGUUCCACAACAUUCCAAAUGAUUAACUCACUACGACAAUCCAUUCACAUUCUGAAUGGAACAGCUCUCAUCUCUCUUCUGCAGCCAACACCUGAAACUUACGAGUUAUUUGACGACAUAAUUCUCCUCUCAGACGGCCAAAUUGUGUAUCAAGGUCCAAGGGAAAAUGUCCUUGAAUUCUUUCAACACGUUGGUUUCAAAUGUCCAGAGAGGAAAGGAGUAGCAGACUUUUUACAAGAAGUAACGUCAAGAAAAGAGCAAGAACAGUACUGGGAAAAUAAAGAUGAGCCAUAUAACUUCAUCAGUGUUAGAGAAUUUGCUGAAGCAUUUCAGUUAUUUCAUGUUGGUCAAAAACUCGGUGACGAACUUGCUACUCCAUUUGAUACCUCCAAAGGCCACCCUGCUGUUUUAACAAAAAACAAGUAUGGUGUGAGCAAGAAAGAACUCUUAAAAGCAUGUGUGUCCAGAGAACUUUUACUUAUGAAAAGGAAUUCUUUUGUGUAUAUUUUCAAGAUGUGGCAGUUGAUUUUCACUGGCAUCGUAACAAUGACAAUGUUCCUACGAACCGAGAUGCAUAGGAAUACAGAAACAGACGGCGGGAUCUAUAUGGGUGCUCUAUUCUUCAUACUAAUUGUAAUUAUGUUCAAUGGAUACUCGGAGUUAUCGAUGUUCAUCAUGAAACUCCCAGUUUUCUAUAAGCAAAGGGACCUUCUUUUUUUCCCUGCUUGGGCAUACUCUUUGCCUACAUGGAUCCUCAAGAUUCCUAUAAGUUUUGUAGAAGUUGGUAUUUGGGUGGUGUUGACCUACUAUGUUAUAGGAUUUGAUCCAUCUUUUGAAAGGUUUAUCAAACAGUACUUUUUGCUAGUUUGUAUCAACCAGAUGGCAUCUGCACUUUUUCGAUUUAUUGGCGCAGUUGGGAGAAAUAUCAUUGUCGCAAACACAGUUGGAUCAUUUGCUUUGCUUGCAGUUAUGGUCAUGGGUGGAUUUAUCCUAUCGAGAGUUGAUGUGAAGAAGUGGUGGUUAUGGGGUUACUGGGUCUCACCAAUGAUGUAUGGACAGAAUGCUAUAACUGUGAAUGAAUUCCUUGGAAAGAGUUGGUCCCAUAUUCCACCUGGUUCAACAGAACCAUUAGGAGUGCAGAUUUUGAAGUCUCGCGGGAUUUUCCCUGAAGCAUAUUGGUAUUGGAUUGGAGUAGGAGCUUCCAUCGGGUACAUCUUACUAUUCAACUUCCUUUUCCCUUUGGCCUUACAUUAUCUCGACUCAUUUGAUAAACCACAGGCUUUAAUAUCAGAAGAAGCCCUGGCUGAGAGAAAUGCUGCCACUGCUGGAGACAGACAGAUCAUUGGAUUAUCGCCUAAAAGCGAAUGUUCUUCAGCCAAAGGAAAUGCAAGUCGAAGAAGUUUUUCUUCUACGACAGUGUCAGCAAAAGUAGGCAGCAUUAGUGAAACUGAUCACAGCAGGAAGCGGGGGAUGGUUCUUCCUUUCACACCCCUUUCUAUCACUUUUGAUGAAAUCGGAUAUCAGGUGGACAUGCCACAGGAAAUAAAGGCCAAAGGAAUUCUUGAAGAUCGACUUGAACUUUUGAAGGGCGUUAAUGGAGCUUUUAGACCAGGUGUUCUGACAGCUCUAAUGGGUAUAAGUGGAGCUGGUAAAACAACUCUAAUGGAUGUGUUGUCUGGAAGGAAAACAACAGGAUACAUUCAAGGACAAAUCACUAUAUCGGGGUACCCUAAAAAGCAAGAAACGUUUGCUCGCAUAUCAGGAUACUGUGAGCAAAAUGAUAUUCACUCUCCCCAUGUUACUGUCUAUGAAUCUCUUGUUUAUUCUGCAUGGCUCCGGUUGCCACCUGAGGUUGAUUCUGCCACAAGAAAGAUGUUCAUUGAGGAAGUUAUAGAGUUGAUAGAGUUGACGUCAAUAAGAGAAGCGCUCGUUGGAUUGCCAGGUGUGAAUGGUCUGUCCACGGAGCAGCGCAAAAGAUUAACAAUUGCAGUCGAACUUGUUGCCAAUCCAUCUAUUAUAUUCAUGGAUGAACCUACCUCUGGCCUUGAUGCUAGAGCUGCUGCUAUAGUAAUGAGAACAGUGCGGAAUACGGUUGAUACAGGACGAACUGUUGUCUGCACAAUUCACCAGCCUAGUAUUGAUAUAUUUGAUGCUUUUGAUGAGCUACUUCUCUUGAAGCGUGGAGGAGAGGAAAUAUAUGUUGGGCCAUUAGGUCGCCAUUGUUCUCAUCUAAUCAAUUACUUUGAGGGAGUUAAUGGAGUGCCGAAAAUCAAGAAUGGUUAUAACCCUGCCACUUGGAUGUUGGAGGUUACUUCAGAAGUACAAGAAGAAGCUCUCGGAGUUAACUUCGCCGAGUUUUACAAGGAUUCUGAAUUAUACAGGAGAAACAAGGACUUGAUCAGGGAACUCAGUACCCCUACAGAGGGUUCUAAAGACUUGUACUUCACAACACAGCACUCACAAUCUUUCUUAACCCAAUGUAUGGCUUGCCUUUGGAAGCAGCACCUGUCGUAUUGGCGAAAUCCACCAUACAGUGCAGUGAGACUUUUAUUCACUAUAGUCAUUGCCUUCUUGUUCGGGACAAUAUUUUGGAAUAUUGGCAGCAAAAGGGAAAGAAAACAAGAUCUAUUUAACGCGAUGGGAUCCAUGUAUGCCGCAGUACUCUUCAUCGGGGCACAAAAUGCUACAUCAGUGCAACCAGUUGUAGCCAUUGAGCGAACAGUCUUCUAUAGAGAAAAGGCUGCUGGAAUGUACUCAGCAUUGCCAUAUGCAUUUGGACAGGUUGCUGUUGAGAUCCCAUACAUACUCAUACAGACCCUUCUAUAUGGCAUUAUAGUGUAUAUCAUGAUUGGGUUUGAAAAGACACCUGCCAAGUUCUUUUGGUAUCUAUUCUUCAUGUUCUUCACCUUGCUAUACUUCACCUUCUUUGGAAUGAUGCUUGUGGGUGCUACACCAGAUCACAACGUUGCUGCUAUAGUUUCCUUUGGCUUCUACUUGUUAUGGAACCUUUUCUCAGGAUUCGUGAUUCCCCGAACCAGAAUGCCAAUAUGGUGGAGAUGGUUUUUCUGGAUUUGUCCUAUGUCUUGGACUCUAUGUGGCUUGGUAACUACACAAUUUGGUGAUGUUAAAGAGCAUAUAGAUACUGGAGAGACCGUGGAAGAGUUUGUUAGAAGUUAUUUUGGGUAUGGAGAUGAGUUAAAAGGUGUAGCUGCAGCUGUGGUAGUUGGUUUUUCACUAAUCUUUGGAUCUACCUUUGCCUUUUCAAUUAAGGCAUUUAAUUUCCAAAAAAGAUGA